AUGAACCGCAACUUUUGUUGGUGCCGUAACUUACUGGGUCAAAAGCUGUCAGAUGAUGAAAUGGGGAAUAUAAAACACCCUGCUGCAGAACUCUAUGCUCAUGUUACCUUCAAGUCUAUUCAGGCUGGAGCUGUUUUAGGAAUGGUUUUAUUCGCUCCUGCAGUCCGCCUUGCAGCAGGCCCUCGCACGCUAGCAGCUCUUACUGAAACAGCAAUUCGUUACGGACGAAAUGGUGCACUAAUUGGUGUUCCUCUAGGUCCUGUCCUGACAUACGCCAGAGCCGCAAGUGGUGAAGGCAUCAACGAGGAUGGCUACAUUGAUCGUGCAUACAGAUUAAGGUAAGACCCACGUACAUGUUAUACCUAUAUUUCAGUGAACUGAGAAUCAUAUAAAGUGAAUUUGUCUGUCUGUAUGUCUGUCCGUCUGUCUGACUGUACUAUAUCUCAAUUCCGUUUCUUGUCAUUUUCUCGCAGAUAUAACCGAAACCAGAUCCGCGUAGAUCAAGCCUCUGUUUUAGGCACUUUAGGUGGGGCAGGCGGGUCCUUGUUGCUAGGAGGCUCUGCUGUGAAUGGCGCUGUGGUUGGCCUUGUAGGUGGAACGGUUGCCAUGGGGCUCUAUAACACCAUAUUUGCUGAGAGGCAUCUCUAG